CCUAACUCAUGUUGAGGAUAGUACUAACUACUCCCAUGUCCAUGUUCUAACUCAUGUUGAGGAUAGUACUAACUACUCCCAUGUCCAUAUUUUAACUCGUAAUGAGGACAAUACUAACUACUCCUUUGUCUAUGUUCUAACUCGUUAUGAGGACAGUACUUCCUACUCCCACGCUCAUGUUCUAAGUCGUAAUGAGGACAGUACGAACUACUUUCAUGUCCUUGUUCUAACUCAUGAUGUAGACAGUACUAACUACUCCCAUGUCCAUGUUCUAACACAUGUUAAGGGACAGUACUAACUACUCCCACGUUCUAACUCAUGAUGAGGACAGAACUAACUACUCCCAGGUCCAUGUUCUAACUCGUAUUGAGGACCGUACUAACUACUCCCACGUGCAUAUUCUAACUCGUGAUGAGGACAGUACUAACUUCUCCCAUGUCUAUGUUCUAACUCGUGAUGAGGACAGUACUAACUAUUCCCUUGUCUAUGUUCUAACUUGUUAUGAGGACAGUACUUCCUACUCCCACGUGCAUGUUCUAACUCAUGAUGAAGACAUUACUAGCUACUUCCAUGUCCAUGUUCUAACUUGUUAUGAGGACAGUACUAACUACUCCCACGUCCAUAUUCUAACUCGUAAUGAGGAGAGUUCUAACUACUCCCUUGUUUAUGUUCUAACUCAUUAUGAGGACAGUACGUCCCACUCCCACCUGCAUGUUCUAACUUGUAGUGAGGACAGUACUAACUAUUCACUUGUCUAUGUUCUAACUUGUUAUGAGGACAAUACUUCCUACUCCCACGCCCAUGUUCUAACUCAUGAUGAGGACAGUACUUUCUACUCCAAUGUCCAUUUUCUAACUUGUUAUGAGGACAGUACUUCCUACUCCCAUGUCCAUGUUCUAACCCAUGUUGAGGAAAGUUGUUAAAUUUUGU